AAACAAAAAUUAAUUAAUUCAAAUAGAAAAUGGAAUAGAUUAACGGUGCAAUAAAACUAAACGAACAUUAAUCAUUGAGAAGUAAUCUUUUUUUUUGUUUUUUGUUUUUUGUUUUUUUUUUUUUUGUUGAAAGGAAAACAUGAAAUGAAACCCUAAAUGCUAUAAACGUGGGUGUUAAGAAUGCGUGUAUGUGCGAAAAUUUUCUAUAACAAUUUUGUAACUGAAUAACAAAAAAAUUAACAUAGGUUUUAGUAAAGAAUUGCAAAUGAAAAAUGAGUGAAAGACGUGAUUCAAGUGUUAAACGUCGUGUUUCAAAUAAAAAUGAACCGAAAUCAGAAUCAAUAAAUAUAAGUAGUGAUAGCACCAAAUCAUUAGCUCCUGUUAAAAGCGGUGGUGAGGAAACGGAAGUACAUUUGCGUAACAUCAAAAGUACAAUCAGUCAAUCCAUUGUAGAUCCUUUGCAAGUGACGAAAGCAACAGCAACAGCAAUAGCAACAAUCUCUACACCAAUCGUAGAAAAUCCAAAUGAUGUACCGCUCGCCAUUUACUAUUUAGUGAAUUUUCAACAUGUUUGCAUAUUUACUGCACUCUUGCCACUCUUUACACUAUUUACGUGUUUUGUAACCGCAUACGUCUUCCAAUAUGAUGAAGUUCAUGAGACACAUUGUCGGGUUUAUAAUAUUGUGCCGUCGAUAAGUGCAAUUACGGGCGUUAGUCCUCAACGUUAUUUUUGGCGUUUCAGUAUCGCCUUACAUUUGGGACCGCGCAUACCGAUAGCAUUCAUAUACAAAAACUAUUAUCGCACAAUGUUAGAGAAAAUGCAAACCAAAAUGCAGACGGAACGCUUAGCUAAUAUAAACUCAAUGAUAACAAUGAUUUUAAUAUUAAAUUGCAUUGAAAUUGCUUCGCUGGGUGGUGUCACAUAUAUAUCAAAUCGUGAAAAUUAUCCUAUACAUGAGAAAAUUUUUAUAACUUUUAUGAUUUGUUCAUUAUGUCAUAUGCUGGCCACUAUUAAAUUGAAUGGCAUUUUACACGAGGAUCAUACCGAGCUGAGUCAGACCCAAAGAGAUUCAAUUAAAUGGAAGAAAAUACUCUUCGCUAUGUCUAUUAUUAGUACUGUGGGCCUGUUGAUAUUCUUUGCCAAACAUCGUUUCUAUUGCCACGACUUGGCUUUCAGUUGGUUUGCCUUCUUCGAAUAUUUAAUCGCUAUCGCCAAUAUGUUGUUUCAUUUUACGGUUAUAUGGGAUUUUCCCUGCCAACAUAUGCUGGUUGUACAAGCUACACGCACAAAAGUUGAAGAGAUUUUUCGAAGCUCCUCCCCGAAAAUGGAUUAAUCAAAACAUUAUUGAC